AUGGAUGAGCUGAAGAAAGGCGCUUGGACGCCUGAAGAGGCCCCCUUUUCUGAGUACGAAGAUGCUGUCAUCUUGAAGGCUCACGACAUCCACGGCAACAAAUGGUCGGUGAUUGCGAAGCUCCUGCCAGGGCGCACCGACAACGCCGUGAAGAACCGCUGGAACUCCACGCUCAAGCGCAAGGCGGGCACCCAGGGGCUGCGCAACAGGUUCCUGUCGAGGGGGGUGACGCUGGACCUGCUGCUGACACAGUUCGCGCACCAUGCGCACGACAACGCGGCGGCAUCCGGCCACCACGCCCACCGCGGCGGCGCCGCCAGCCCGUGCGACAGCGACGACAGCGGCAGCGACGAUAUGGAGGAUGUCACGCCGAGCGGCGGCAGCACGGGGGGCGCGGGCGGCGACGGGUCCGCGGGCUCAGGCGGCAGCGACGACGAGGGCUCGUCGCCGGCGGCGCACGGGCAUUACGGGUAUGCUCACGGCGUCGCGGUCGGCCUCGGCGCCGCGCACGCCGGCGUCGCGGCGGCAUACGGCGCGCCCGCCUACUGCUACGGCGCUGGCGCGUACGGCUACGCUGCGCCGCAGCAGCAGCUGCCGCACCUGCGCGUGCACGCGCUCGCGCACGGCUGCGCCGGCGCAGGCAGCGCGGGCACCACUUACAGCGGCGGCGACGACGACGACUGCUGCGACACGCUCGACGCCAUGCAUUUCAUAGGCAGCGUUGGCGCGAGCGCAGGCGCGAUUGCGUCGGGGUGCAGCCCCGUGACUCAGGGAUCCCCUUUCUUCGGGGGCGUGGCGCCGCCGGCUGAACCUGAGGACCCCAAUUCGCAAGACAGCAUCCAGACGCUGCUGGAUGAUUUCGCCGCAGCGGGCGCAGCCGCAGCGGCGGCGUCGGCCGCCGCUGCGGCCGCGGCGGCGAGCGCGGGCGGCUUCGAGGACGUGUGCGGCGGCAUUGUUGUCGGCGCGGCGGCGGAUGUGGGUGGGCACGACGCCGCGUGGCGGGCGGCGGGUUGCAGCAGUUCUUUCAGCUCAAAGCGGGAGCUGGCGGGCGACGAAGCAGACGGCACUGCGUCCCCUCUGAAGCGGCUGCGGAUCUGCGGCAGCAGCGGCGCGUUUGGGGCCGGCGCCGUGGCGUGCGCCGACGAUGAGCUCCCGAUAUGCUACGCCGACCAGCGGGCCGGCGGCUGCGGCGAUGCCGGCGCGGCGGCGGCCGCGGCCGUGCGGCAGCAGCAGCAGCAGCAGCACGCCGAGGCGCAACCGGCGUACCAGUGGGGCUUCGCCGCAGGCGCGGCCGCGCCGCGGGCGGAGGCGGGCUGCGUGGGGCCCUCGGAGGACGGCCAGGCCGGCGGGGGUGCAGGCGCGGGAGCGGCCGGGGGCGCGGCCGGCGAGGCGGGGCCGUUUGAUCUUCUGGACGCGCUGCCGCUGAGCGUGCGCAGCUGCCUGGUCGACGCGGCGGCGCUCUACCUCGCGAACGACGCGAGCGGGCUUGCCGCGUGA